UCAAGCUUCCUUCCAAAACCAUUAACGAAGCCGCCGGCUCUCUCUCCUCGCGAUCGCGGUCGGAAUUGAUCUCCGCUUCGCCGCGCCCCGCUCCUCCGCCGUUCCUCCGACGUUCUACCGGCAGGCCAAGCCUGCUCCAAGAGGAGUAAGUUACCCCUUUCCCUUAUCAGCACCUCUGCGGCAUAAACCCUAAUCCUCAUCGCUAUCGGUUCGCCGUGAAGGGAUCGAGGGUUAGGGUUUGGCCGAUCGGAGUGGCGGCGACGGGAGACAGCGUCUCCCUUUGGUAUGGCCCAUCAGAGCAAAUUCGUUUCCGUUAAUCUCAAUAAAUCCUACGGCCAACCCAUCUCUUCCUCAUCUGUACAUGGCCGCCUUCGCUCUGGCUCCGCCGGCGGUGGUGGGAGUGGAGGUAUGGUCGUCCUAUCCAGAGCUCGGAGUUCGGUUUCAUCCUCGGCGAAGGCCGCUCAGAAGCUUGCCAUUCCGCCCCCCUUGAAUCUGCCGUCUCUGAGAAAGGAACACGAACGCUUCGAUCCUGCUUCCGCUGGUUCCGGUGCUGGGAAUGGAAGCCUAGGGCUUGGAUCGCGUACUGGUUCUUCGAUUUUAGGCUGGAGCAAACCAGAGAUUCCGCCAGCAUCGUCUUCUGUCCCUGAGAAAGACGGCAGCAUCAGAGGGCAGGAUCACUUGGGAAGAUCAGCCAUCGCAGGCAAUGAGCUUGGAGGUAACCCUUACAUGCCACCAGGUGCUCGUCCAGGUGGCCAGCUGCCGAAUGUUGCAUCUGCUCAAGGGUUUCGGGAGAAAGCUGUGAUCUUGAAGGGCGAAGACUUCCCUUCAUUGAGAGCCACAUUCAGCUCUGCUCCGAAGCAGAGAGAGGCAUUGAAGCAGAAGCAGAAGCAAAGACAGGGAAUUGAGGAGCAGUCUAAUGGCCGAGAGGUGCCUGUCCUACAUGCACCUCUCCAGAUGAGGCCUCAGAUCAGAUCAUCCCGUCUUAUAACAGAUAACGUGUCAGAUGUAGAUGGGGGGUCAAUCCAGCCACUUGGUUCUUCAGACAACUUGCAGAAACAGAAUGGACACAUGCCUGCUCUAUUGCCACAGGUUUUGCUGCAUCACACAUCAGAUUGGACAGAUGAUGAGCGUGAUACAGGCCUUUGCAUUCCUGAACGAGAGAGGGAUCAUGGGUUUUCAAGGUCUGAAUCUGUUCAGAUUCAUGAUGCAUACAAUGAUCGUUUGCUGCAGGAUACAGGAACUAGCAGUCCUUGGUCCAGGGAUUUCUUGAAAAGCAGCUCCUUGGGGAGGGAUUUACAUAAUGCAACUAAUGAAACUCAUGAAUUUGGCUCUUCAAGGUUUUCAACGAAUCCAAGGGAUAGACCAAAUGUGAAUGCAUUUGGAGCAAACAAAGAUAGACAUAAUGUUAGACCCUCAAGUGGAAGCAGGGAAAUUAAUGUGGAUGGCAUCAAUGCUCAUUCAUUUUAUGGAGAAAAUUUUGGUGAUGGUUUUGGUAAGCGAAGCCAAGAUUAUAGAUACCAAAGGAAAGAAUUGGGUUCCCUUGAGAGUUUAAGAAUUGAUAAUAAAAUGGCAUUCAGUGGUAAUAGUGCCGCAAAGAAUGUCCAUAACCAACACAAUGGUUAUCCUAGUAGUUGGUCAAAAGGAACUUCCUUUCAGAAUAACACAUUGUUGAAGGGCCAAUCUUUGAUCAAUAAUAAAGCUACUUCCUUGAGCAAUCCAAUACUGAACUCUGGUAGAGAAAAACCGUCUUCAUCAAGUGGUGUAAAGCCAUUCCUUGAAGAUGCUGAAUUUGACAGCAAGGAUUCUUUUUCAGGGAGUAUGAGAGACAUGAAUGCUAAAGUGUUAAAGAAGAAGGUUCUAGAGAGACAAAUUGAUUUACAUGACCCUGUUCGAGAGUCAUUUGAAGCAGAGGUUGAGAAAAUUUUGAGGUUGCGAGAAGAGGAACAUCAGCAUGUUCUUGAAGAGCAAGCUAGAGCCUUGGAACUUGCACGAAAAGAAGAGGAAGAGAAGGAGAGGUUGGCCAAAGAAGAGGAGGAAAGAAGAAGGUUGCUUGAAGAAGAGGCAAGAGAGCUUGCUUUGCGAGAAGAGCAGGAGAAAUUGGAGAUUGCUAGGCGAGUUGAAGAGCAAAGGAUAGCAAGAGAAGAGGAGAAGAGGAGAUAUCAAAUGGAGGAAGAAAGAAGGAAAGAGGCUGCACGAAAGAAGCUUUUGGAGUUGGAAGCCAGAAUCUCUAGACGACAGGCUGAAAAUAAAGGAAAAGAUAAUAGAGUUCCUACAUUUUCUAAUGAACAAAUACCUGAUGUUGUUAGGGAAAGAGACAUUACAGUAGUUGCAGAAGAUGGAGGCUGGGAGGAUGGUGAAAGGAUGGUAGAACGGAUCACUGACUCUGGAUUUUCUGAUUCUUCAUCUGUCGAUAGAUUUCUAGAAGUGGGUUCUAGGUCUCAAUUUCCCAGGGAUAGUUUUCCUUCUGUUAUUGACAGAGGAAAAUAUUCCUAUGUUGAUUCAGUUAUUCCUUCCCUAGAUGAAGAGAAUGCUUACCAAAAUCAAAGGCAGGAUGUUUUUGGUUACAAGAGGACAGAGUUCCAUUGUGGUACUGAACCAAUACCUAGUAGACCAUCCUCUAAAGAAGUUAUGAUGGAAUCUUCCCAAAUGCCAGAUGAAUACCGCGAACAGAGGAAACCAAGAUGGAGCUCUAACAAAAGGCUUGAUUAUUUCAAGAGGAAUAAUGAUGCUGAUGCUGAGUUUAAUGAUGAUCUCAAGUUUGGAGAUGUUAGAAUGGUGCAAGGCAAUUCGCAUGGGAGUUACCAUGCCCAAUAUAAUGAACUAUCAUCUGAUUACUCGGUUGACAAUUUUUCAUCCUUCACAAGGUCCUGCCAAUUACCAAGGCAACCACAUGUGCCUCCACCUCCCUAUGUAGCCCCUUUGCAUAGAAAUUCUUUUAGAGACACUAAAGAAAGAGCUAGUCCAUCAUGUUUCAUAGACAACGAUAACCAUUAUAGUCAUGCAAGUAGAUAUGAUCAUCAGGUUAUGCUGAAAGGUAAUGACCAUUUGUUUCAUGAAAGUCUUCAACAAACCCCGAAAGCUGCUUCUUUUGAGGGGAAUUCUAUCAAUUCAGAGCAAGAAUCAGAGAAAAUGAGCGCAAGAUGUGGUUCACAGCUCUCCUUGUCUGUUUCGAGCCCACCAAGUUCGCCUGCACUUCUUUCACACCAUGAGAUGGAUGUUUCUAGGGAUUCUCCCCCACUGCCAGCUUCUGCUGAUGGUGACCAUACUAUUGUGUCUGACAGUGAGCAUAUUGUAUUCCCACUGGAAGGUGGUACUAUGGAUAGAAUGGCGACUUCAAGUUCAGUUUCUCCUGAAGUUGAUGAUGAAUGGCCUGUUGCGGUCAAUGAAGAGACACUGGAAAAUGAGUGCCAUGAAUUCCGAGACAUAGCUGAAAUGCUUGAAGGUGACAAUACUAAUCUUCAUCAGGUUCAGGAUAUGGAAGAUUUACAAUCUGAUACACAAACUUGCAAUAUGGAACAAGUAAUUCUUGGAUUUAAUGAAGGUGUUGAAAUUAAACUUCCAAAUAUAGAUAGCAUUGAGAUAUCUUCUAGCGACAGUGAAAAGGAAUUUAAAUUACAUGCUGUCCCAGUAGGUUGCUUGGAAGAAUUGAUUACUAAUGGUGAAAUAUCUGCAAGAAAAGGCACUGCUGAUAGUUAUUCAACAAAUAUAAGUGAAAUGGAACAGGCUCUGCACAUUUUAUCUCUUGAUCCUGCAGGAGCAUCUGACUAUUCUGCAAGCAGUUUUGAGGCAUCUGAAAGCUCAAGACUGCUUGAUCAACCUAUGAUUCCUGCCACAAGCUUGUCUAUGGCAUCUUCAACAACAGAUCCACCAAGUUUAUCCUUCCCUUCUAUUGUUAGUCAGGUUCAAGCUCCUGUUAAUCUUCAGUUUGGUCUGUUUUCUGGUCCUUCUUUGAUUCCUUCUCCUAUACAAGCCAUUCAGAUUGGUUCUAUUCAAAUGCCAAUUCAUUCUUAUACACAUACAAGUCCAUCUCUGCCACAGGUUAGUUCACAUUGUCCUUUGUUCCAGUUUGGUCAGUUAAGGUAUGCUGCCCCAAUUCUCUCCGAGAGUACAUUGCCACUAGUCCCUCAUGGCACAUCGAUCAGUCACCCUCCUGUUCCAGCUCCCUAUUCAUUUAAUCAAAAUCCUGCAGGUUGUUUGUCUAAGCAAGCAGCUCAAAACAUUUCUCAGAUGACAAAACCACAGGAUGAAAAACCUUCUGGUUCUUCUGCUAAUCAAAUUUCUCUUGUGCAAAAAAUAGUUGAACCAUCUGCAGGGAAUUUGCUAGCUGAGCAGAUUAAACCAUUCGUUGAGACACGAAAGAAUGCUUCUGUAGCUUCUCAGAAGUGGACAAAUAGUUCAACUUUGGGUGACAAGAAAGUUACAAAUGAGUCAGUCUGUCAUGCUGAAAGUCAUGUUUAUGAUAAUACCAAUGAGAAGAGAAGCUAUAGGUUCAAUGGAAGGCGAAAAGUGUCUCAACCUCAGCAACAUGGUGAAUUUCAUUCGUCAAGGCACAUUCCUGGACUAAAAGCUCCUCCAGGUACUUUAGCUGGGGGCCAAAGGAAGAGAUAUGCUCACAGUGUUAGAACUUCUGCUCGAGCGCCAUCAUAUCCUAAUAUGGAUGAACUGCAGGGAGAUUUAAGUGGUUUUCCCCGUAGAUCAAAGAGACAUAAUCACAGAACUGAGUUCAGAGUCAGAGAUAAUAUUCAGGGGAAGAAAACACAGAGCACAGAAUCAUUAAAUAAUAUGGGGCUAGAUGAGAAUUCAGUGGCUACUGGAAUUACUAUACGGAACUUAGGUAAGAAAGAUGAAGCUUUGACAAAAUCAACCAGGCUUACCUACCAAUCAAAUGACUCUAGUUCAGGUGCUUCUACUUCUCAAUCUAUGAGUUCUGACAGGAAUGUUGACAAAGUUGCAAGUAAUGAAUCUAUUUCAAAGAGCACCAACUUUGGCAAAUCUCAUGCUGGUAAAGGCAACACAAAUGCAAGUGACAUUCUUGUGGAUUACAGUGAGGUUCCUUUAUUGAAUGGAGUCGUUCGUGUUUUUAAGCAAACAGGAAUUGAAGUUCCUAGUAAUGAGGAUGACUUUAUUGAGGUAAGGUCCAAAAGGCAAAUGUUGAAUGAUCGACGUGAACAAAGGGCUAAAGAAAACAAGUCCAAGGCUAGGGUGCAAAAGGCACCUGUUAAAGAAUCUACUGCUUUACAAAGUAGUGCCUUUAAAACCAACUCCAAUAAAUCAGUUGCAUAUUCUCUGGGAGACACAGCUAAUAGUGUUUGCUCUAAUACACUAACUGCUGGGGUAAAGGGAUCUACAAAACUUGAGGCAUCAUUAACAUUUACUGCCAACUUUUCACCUCAGGCUCUGCCUCCAAUUGGCAUUCCUUCAGUAAAUAUCGGUUCUGAAAAAAGAUUGAACCAAUUGAAAUCAAGUCUGGCGAUACCUAAACCUGCUGUAUCUGAUAGUGAGGCAAUGCCUAUGUUUGGGCCAUCAGAAAACAAAAAUGUAAAUCAUGGUUAUUCUGCAUUGUCUUUGAGUUCAUGGGACAAUGAAAAUCUGGCAAUUGAUUUGACUCAAACUCAGCUUGAUGAAGCUAUGAAGCCAUCACAUUUUGACUCAAUAGUAGCAUCUAGCAAUGUUCUUGAACCCCCAAAAUUUGCAUCGUCUGCUGUGACACUAGAGAACACUUAUCCUUCAUGUGCAGCAUCAGUUAAUUCCCUGAUCGCAGCCGAGAAAAUCCAAUUUGGAGCAGUGAUUCUACCAAAUGUUUUGCCUUCCGUCAGCCAAACCAUUUCGAAGGUACUUGGCCCUCCAGAUUCUGGCAAAUCAGACUUUAGUAAAGAUCAAAAUUUGGCAAACAGCAAUCAUGCUAUGUUUCUAGUCAAAGAAAAGUGUUCUAGUCAAUCAUCUGCAAAUCUUGAAGAUGCAGAGGCAGAAGCUGAAGCAGCUGCUUCAGCUAUUGCAGUAGCUGCCAUUACCAAUGAUGAAAUUAUUGGACCUGUUAUUGGUUCCUCUUCAGACACCAAAACUUACUCUUCUGCUGAUGGAAGUGCAUUGGCUGCUCGAGGUGCAGCAGCAAACCAAGAAAUAACCGUCCAGUCUUCCAGUGAAGAGUCCUUAACAGUUGCUCUUCCAGCAGAUCUUUCUGUUGAUACUCCACUCUCAGUAUGGUCUGCUUUACAAAGCCCACAAGCUUCCAUGUCAAUGCUCUCACAAUUUUCUGGAGCACCACCUUCACAUUUCCCUAGCUUUGAGAUGAAUCGAAUAGUAGAUGGGUGUCUUUUUUCAUAUGGGUCCAAUGAUGAGUCUGUUGGCUCACAGAGUCAAUCUCAAAAUGGUUCUUUGGGUUCUAGUACACUGGCAGCAUGGCCUCAGUACCACUCUGGGGUUGACUCUUUUUAUCACCCACCGGCAGGUUAUAAUGGCACAUUCAUCAGCCCUGGAGGAAUGCCUGGUGUUCAAUGCCCCUCUCCCAUGGUCGUCUACAAUCAUUUUCCUCCAGUUGGACAAUUUGGGCAGAUAGGAUUAGGUUAUAUGGGAACUGCAUAUAUACCUGCUGGGAAGCAACCAGAGUGGAGCCAAAAACAAGUUUUUUCUAAUGCUAGAGACAAUGAUAUUGAUCCAAGCAAUCGAAACACUGUAUCUGGUCAAGGAACCCCAACCACUGCACGAAGUAGUGUCCAUAAUUUAGGUCCAGGAUCAUCUCUGAUGGUUGCUUCUCCUCUAACCAUGUUUGACAUGAAUCCUUUCCAGUCAACUGCCAAUAUUCCGCUGCAAGCUUGGUCUCCUGUGCCUCCACCGCUCCAUUCUGUUUCUUUAUCCAUUCCACUACAGCAACAGCUGCCGCCACCUCUGCCAGAGAAUAGGAUCCCUUUACAAUUUGGCCGAACUGGAGAUACAUCCAUGGGAAAUAAUAAGUCUGAUGUUCCUCAUGCAUCUGCUUCUGCUGCUUCUGCCGAAGUUAGUGAGAACAUUUCGACUACAAAUUCCGCUGUCCCAAUUAUGUCACUUGAACUUGAUUCGGCUAAGCAGCCAACUUCAAGCACUAGCAAUAACAAGUUGGCCAGGCCUCUACAAAGCACUAUAAACGUGGAUGAGAAGAAAGUUGCAAGCACAAGAGCACGAGCUAUGGGUGCUGUUGUUAAUCAUGGUGGGUGUAUCAGUUCAAGUAGCAGCAGACCUAGUGGCCAGGUAACAGAUGCUCACUCUGAGACUCAACCACCAUCAAUGCCUGGGAGUAGUCACCUUCUUGUAGCUGGAUAUGGUGAUCAGCAACGUGGAAAUGUGAACCGUGCAGGCUCUGGAGGCGAUUGGCAUCGAAGAUUCCAGUUCAAAAAACAAGGUACAAGUGCGGAUAAGAAUAUUGCUCCUAAAAUGAAACAAAUAUAUGUGGCUAAGCCAUCCUCCAGUGGAGCCUCAAACCAAGGCUAGAUGAAUACUUGAUUACACCAUAUUGGUAUCAAGAAUCCUUCUGUCUAUCUCCUUAAUAACAGAAGUUGCCAUGUCUCCGCAUUAGUUAGCUUUUCCAUCAAGCAUAAGAAGAUAAAGAUUCCACGGCCUUCAAAUCUCUAUGCCCUGGUUCAGUAAAUCUAUUUUUGAUGAACCAUGAUUUGUAUUAUGGUUUGAUGACAUUUUCAUUCUUAUGGUUUAUUAUGUGCUCGUUUGUUUCAAGCGAACAAAGUUGAUCGUGUUAUAGUUCCAUUGAUAAUUUUUUAUAUUGAAUGUUCACACGUAAUGCUUGUUCA